AUGGAUUCGGGAAAGUUGAAGAAAGGAUUUGAGAGCAGGGAGUUGAAGUGCAAAGGGGUGCGUCGUAAGCGUUGCGGGAAAUGGGUGUCCGAAAUUCGAGAUUCAAAGAAGAAGAGAAAAAUAUGGCUUGGAACAUAUGAUAAUCAACACACGGCCGCUCGAGCUUACGAUGCCGCUUCCCUUUAUUUGAAGGGCCGUCCUGACGCUGAAAAAUGCGACAUCAAGGCCGCUGCUACGCUGGCUGUGGACUCGCUGCGCCGCCCUUCUUCAGCUGAUUCUCAAGACAUGAAGGCUACGAACGCGUUCGACCCGCACACGAUACUACAAUAUGCCGGAGGGAGUAAUGGUCAAUUUGAUCCCAUGGAGGGUUUUCGUGUGCAGCCAUUAGGUCAAGCUGAUCCCAUGGAGGAUUUUCGUGUGCAGCCAUUAGGUCAAGCUGAUCCCAUGGAGGAUUUUCGUGUGCAGCAAUUAGGUCAAGCUGAUUCUCAAGACAUGAAGGCUACAAACGCGUUCGACCCGCACACGAUACUACCAUAUGCCGGAGGGAGUAAUGGUCAAGUUGAUCCCAUGGAUGAUUUUUGUGUGCAGCCAUUAGGUCAAGCUGAUCCCAUGGAGGAUUUUUGUGUGCAGCCAUUAGGUCAAGCUGAUCCCAUGGAGGAUUUUCGAGUGGAGUCGCCCUAUAUGGAGUACCAUAUGUCGGAGGGACUAAUGAUCCCGCUUUCUCUCCCUACGGACCAAUUUGUGGACGAAUAUCGUCCUCUGUCCCCACUUUGGAACUUCUGA